AUGUCGAGACACGAAAAUCUAUUAAGGAUUAAAGAAAUUAAUCUUUAAGAAGAAGGUAAUAUUAAAGAAGCAAAGCAAUUGUUGCUAAAGAAUGUUACAAAAUCUUAGCUUCCUGAUUUCUUCUACGAGCAUAUAGCAGGUAUUAUAGUAGAAGAAUGCCCUACUAAUGGAUAAGAAUUAUAUGAAUUGAUUGGUGAGUUCAUUUAGAAUGGCAAUUAAGUUAGCAAAGAAUAAACAUAAAAGAUUUGCGUCGAAUUACAAAAAUAAUUAUUAGAUCAAAAGAUUAUCAAAAUAGAAGACAAAUUUAAUUUAGUUGCUGAAAAGUUAGAUGCUCCAAUUACUUUGAACCAAGUUUAAUUGAUUAAGGAAAUAGAUAUUGCAUCUCAUGGCUACGAUGAUGCAUUCAGAGGAACCAAGGGUGCUGCAAAUACAAAUGAUGAAAUCAGUCACGAAGAAUUAAAAAUAAAGCUAUAGAAAAAGGAAGAAGAAGCAGUAAAAAAGAAAUAAUAGCUCUUCGAAAGAUUUAAAAACGAAAUUAACGAAAAAGAAAGAAAUCUACCUCCCGUUUAGGUUAGACAUCAUAGAAAUUCAGAAGCUAAAACACAAGAUUUACAAUUAGAUAACGUUAAUGUUAUUAUUGGUGGUAGAGCUUUGCUUGAAGAUGCUAAACUUAGACUUACAUAUGGUAGAAAGUAUGGUUUAAUUGGUAGAAACGGUAUUGGUAAGACUUGCUUUAUGAAUGCCUUAGCUAGAAGUGAGUUUGAAAAUAUGCCCAAGCACUUAUAAAUUUUAUUAGUCGAAUAAGAAAUGAAACAAAGUCACAAAUCUCCUAUAUAAUUAGUUUUGGAAACUGAUAUUGAAAGAGAAUAGUUGCUCUAAGAAGAACAAAACUUAGUCACAAGCAACAACCCAAAUACUGCUGCUCGUUUAUAAGAAAUUUACGAAAGAUUAGAAUAGAUUGAUGCCAUCACUGCUGAAUCAAGAGCUGCUUCCAUCUUAGGUGGUCUCGGUUUCUCUUAAGAAAUGAUGAGAAAUCCUACUUAAUAAUUAUCUGGUGGUUGGAGAAUGCGUGUCUCUCUUGCUAGAGCUUUGUUCGUUUAACCUGAUGUUUUACUACUCGAUGAACCCACUAACCAUUUAGAUUUAGAUGCUGUCAUGUGGCUUGAAGAUUAUAUUAUUAACUGUUCAAUUACUGUUGUUGUUGUUUCUCACGCCAGAGAAUUCUUAAAUGUCGUUUGUACUGAUAUUAUUCAUUUCUUUGAAUAAAAGCUUGUUUACUAUAAGGGUAACUAUGAUUAAUUUGAAAAGACUCGUACUGAAAAGCAAGCUAUGGCUAAGAAGAAAUUCGAAUCCCAAUAAUCUAAGAUUGCUCAUAUGCAAGAAUUCAUUGACAGAUUCCGUUGCAAUGCUAAUAGAGCAGCCUUAGUUUAAUCUCGUAUUAAAGCUAUUGGUAAAUUAGAACAUGUCGAAGAAAUUAUUGAAGAUCCUACUUGCGUCUUCAUUUUCCCUACUCCUGAAAAGCUCCGUCCUCCCCUUCUUAAGAUCGAAGAUGGUUUGUUCGGAUAUAAAAAGGAAUCCACAAUUCUCAGAGGUAUUAACUUUGCAGUUGAUUGUGAUUCUCGUAUUGCUAUCGUUGGUGCAAAUGGUGCUGGUAAAUCAACUCUCCUUAAACUUUUGGUUGGUUCUCUUGAACUCUCAGAAGGUUAGUAAUAUAGAAGCAGCAGAUUAAGAUGCAGUAUGUUCACUUAACAUCACUUGGAUUAACUUGACUUGACUCUUUCUCCUUUAGAAUAAAUUAUGAGAGAUUAUCCUGGCUCUACUUAGGAAGCAUACAGAGCUCAUUUAGGUUCUUUCGGUAUUUCUGGUAAUAUGUCACUCAGACCCAACUAUUUACUUUCUGGUGGUCAAAAAUCAAGAGUUGCUUUCGCUUUAGCAGUUUAUAACAACCCUCACAUUCUUAUUCUCGAUGAACCCACAAAUCACUUGGAUAUAGAUGCAGUUAAUGCUUUAAUUAUUGCUUUAAAUAAUUUCUAAGGUGGUGUUUUAAUUGUUUCUCACGAUCAACAUUUAAUUUCUACAGUAUGCGAUCAAAUCUGGUAUGUUAAACAUAGUAGACUAAAACGUUUCAACGGUGACUUCGAAGAUUAUCGUACUGCACUUGCAUCAAAUAACUUGUGA